AUGCGGAACUCCGCGAGCGAACUGCAGUUUUCGAGCCACGAAAACGCCGAGCGCGCCCCGCCCGCUUCCCUGGCCGCGCCAGGCGACGCCGCGCCCAGCGAGAAGAGCUCCCCUGGCGCGUCCGAAAAACCCGGCUAUGCGGACUCCGUCUACGUUAUGGCCGCGAACAUUUUCCAGGGUAUUCGGAUCGAAAAGUCGCCGGAGAAAGUCUUAAUCAAGUAUGGGAGCGAACCGCUGCUGUCCUUCGCCGAGUCCGAGGAUGAGUCCUUUCGGCGCUCGUCCUACGAGCUGGCCUUCAGCGCCCUGAAAUAUCAAGAUAUUUUGGAAACUAUAUUAAUAGACAGCUAUAUCUUCCCAAGUACCACAAUAACUCAUGAAAGUUCUUUAAUCUUAUCAAGACUAUACUAUUUCAAAAAUUUGAAAUGGAAUUAUAGAAGAAUGUGUUAAAAGUUCUAAAUGUAAUUUGUUAAUGUUUCUAGUAGAAAAUUGAUAGUCAUGUCUCAAAUGCAAUAGAUCAAGAAUGGAUUUUCUGUCUCUAGUUUUAAGACAAAAUUGGCUGCAGCAUUGGCAAGAUGUCGCAUCAAACAUGAUGCCCUUUCGAUUUACCACAUUCUACCAGAAACAGUUAGGAAACAGGAACUGAGGGCCUCCACUUUGCCACUUUAUGCUUGGAUGAAUACUUGUAAAAUCAGCCCUGAAGAAGUUUAUAAUAGUUUGAAGAAAAGAGGCUAUAAUGAAGUCAAAUCUGUAUUGCAUAUUGAUGAUAAAGUCUUUGCUGUGGACCAACAUUGCUAUGAUGUUUUAAUUUUCCCAUCUCAUCUUAAAAAUGAUCUUAUAAAAAUAAAUCUUUUCAAAGAUUAUAAACUUAUUUUUCAGGUAAACUAA